GAUUGUUCUAAAUUUUUUGGACGGGUUUCUUGUCUUUUUUUCUCCGGAUUACUGGGAUCACGCAAACAUAACCGACCAACUUCGACAGAAGAUUCUAUAGCGCUCUCUGCGGGAUUACCAUUUUGCACUAGGGUGGCCCUUGUACCAAAAAUGUGUGACCACCACGACCAUGGUGGACAUGGUCAUGGAGCGUGUGCUGCGGAACAUACUGGGGAUGAUGUUGAGAGAGGAGUUCAGUACAGUUUGUAUCUACGAAUCGAUCUGGACCACCUUGAAUGUUUGAAUGAAGAUGUUGAGGGCUCUGGUAGGAAAGUUUUCAAAGCCUGGGAAGAUCGUCAUCAGCGAGAUGUCUAUGCUGAGAGUGCCGAUGAUGCCGAGUUAUUGUUUAACAUUCCUUUUACUGGCAAUGUGAAACUUAAGGGAAUUAUCGUCAGCGGUGAAGACGGAGACAGUCAUCCUGCUUCUAUGCGCCUGUAUAAAAAUCGCCCAGAAAUGGGAUUUGAUGACAUGAGUUUACCACCAGACCAGGAAUUUGAACUGAUGAAAGAUCCUAUUGGAGAAUUGGAAUAUGGUGUCAAGAUUGUAAAGUUUGCCACUGUCCACCAUUUGACGAUUCAUUUCAAACGUAAUUUUGGUGCUGAUACAACCAGAAUUUAUUAUAUAGGAUUGCGAGGUGAAUUUACUGCGGCCCGGCGCGAGGAAAUUGUAAUAGCUAAUUAUGAACUCAAGCCGAAUCCAUGUGAUACCAAGCUCAAAGAGAUGACUUUGUCUUCGAAUUUUGUACAAUAAACUUUCCGAAUAGUUACCGUCAUACUUUUAUGAUUGAAUCCCAUUUUGUUUACUGGACGUUCGUGAAAAGUGGACAUAAUUUUUGCUUGAUGGCUGUCUCUUGUUCAAAUGUAGUUUAGUUUAUUGCACCAGUCUUGGCGUAGUUGAGAAACGAUUUAAAGAAUUUCUUUGGAUAUUAUCGACUGACGUGUAAAACGAUUUUUGUCCAGCAAAAAUUUUAAGCAGUUUUAAGAAAAACUGCUCGCUUUGUCUGUUUGAUUCAAUAGUAUCUGUAGUUUUAAAAUGUUGAGUGGUUGCAAAUGCGUCUGCUGGAUAAUGUGUGAUGGAUCUGGGAUCUCUGCGGCACGCUUGAUGUUGGAAUCGUAUUUAUCGCCGGAAUGUUUUAGCUAAUGGCAGUGGCAAUACUACUGGCGUCGCCAUGCGGGGCGUAACAGUAAAAUACUUACACUAAA